UCCCCCGCUCCAAGAGGCCAGCCUCUGCUCCCCACCUCUCUACCCCUGGCCGGUGGGAAAGGGUGCUCCUCAGGCCCUGUUUAGGGCUGACAUUGGGCCAGGUGACAGGACACCUGGGCAUGAUUGGGCAGCUAUGGGGGAGCCAUGGGCAGAGCACCUGAGGUCUGCAGUCAGCAGCCCAGUCGGGUGAUGCCUCCUGGGAAGGGGCCCAGACUUGGGAGUAACGGCGUCACUGAUGUGGGUCCCUGGCCCCACUGUGGGGUGUUCAGGGUUGUGCCUAUUGGACUGCCCGCCUCACCAUCCCACCCUAGUGAGCCUCCUUCCUCAGCCAUUGUCCAGCUUCGUGUCAAGUCCUGGCGUGGGGCUCACCGCCUGCCCCUUGACCGUGGAGUUCGGAUGCAUCUCACAGUGAGUGCCCCAGCAGCGCAGGGUUGGGGGCUGAGCAUCAGGGGCUCUGCUAGAGCAGGUGGCAAUUCCCUGGAACCUGGGGUCUUGCCUUUGUUUGGAGACCAAGAGACCAGUGUGGGAGGGUCACAGGACAUGUCAUUGGCAGUGAAAAGGUUGUGUUCCGUUUCCUGCCUCCAGAACUUGCACGUGCUGGAAUCCAAGGAUGGGUGGGAGAGGGGCUGUUCCUGGAGAUGUCUGCCCUUCGGGGCUGGCCCAUGCCACAGGACCUCCCAUCACCCCUGCUCUUGGUUGGUGAAUUCAGGGCAUGCUGAGCCUUUCCCUUGCAGCCUUUGCACUUGGUACUCUUCCCUCCGCUUAUCAAACUCCUAACCAUCCCUCGAAGUCCAUGGGCGCCAGAAGCACCGCCUCAGAGACUCACAGACUCAGAUGUACAGAUGUCCCUCAGUAUCCAUGCGGGAUUGAUUCCAGGACCCCUGCAGAUGCUCAAGUCCCUGCUAUAAA